AUGUUGAGAGAGGGCCAGUUUGGAGAAUGGAUUAGGGCCACUGAUGGGCUUCAAGGGCAAGGAUGGAGGAAUAGUGGUUCUUCUUCAGCACAAAAUAGAGAACCUGAAGCUUCACCUAUACCACAACAAACUCAAGAAGGGGAGUCAGGAGGAGGGGAUGAGUUUUCACCAGGGGUGGAGGCUAGUUCUGUUCAGUUACAACAGAAUGGAAAGAAAGGGGCUAGUUCUUCAUCCAAGAGGGAAGAAAGGGAAAAUCUCAGGAAAGCUAAUAAGGAUCUGGUGGUAUUUGGGGACAGUAAUCAAGGAAUGUGCCCAAUCAUUAUGGGAGAAGAUACUUAUGAGAGGGACAUAAUGGUGGAAGUGACGAAUGGAAGCACCACUAGAAUUUGGGAUAAACAUUGGGUUCCUGAUUUUAUUGGUAAGGAAGUGGAGUUGCGGCCUGAAAUUGAGAGAGGAUUUGAAUGGGUGAAGGACUUGAUGACCAGUGAUGGAAAAUGGUGGGAUGAAUCUAAGUUGGAUGGUGGGGAGGUUUCUGAAGCCAGGAUACAGCUUUCUACUUGCAUACUAUGA